CAGAAGGAGGGAGGCGCUGGAACCCUGGGCCCCUAGUCUUGCUCAGGUUAUAAUCAAAUGCAACACCCAAAACUGCACCAUGGGAUUCAGAUGCUGUGAGAGUGGAUGCUGCCUGGAAAAGAAAAAUAUAGGGAAUACUUCAAACCACUCUUUAAGGAUGGUGUCUAUCAUCUUCCUUGUCAUGAUACCUCUGAAUAUGUUCAUCUAUCGCUUGGUGAAGUGCUUCUGUUGCAAGUGCAGAGAGCCAGAGGAGAACCUCAGAAGGAAUCAUCAGAUACCUCCAGAAGCACCUACCAUUGCUCCAGUAGAAAUGAUCUGGGUCACCCCCUUGGAUCCCCCACCACCGUAUGUUGAGGUCAUCUUGAACCUUGAAGAACCACCUCCUCCCUACAGCUUCUGGCCUGAGGACCCUGCUGGUCAAAUGAGAUGCACUUACACCUCAGCCUUUUGAGAUACCUCACCACAAAAUUUUGGAUCAAGUCCGGGACAUCGUAACCCGGAAUGACUCUCAUCUUUGAUUUAAUUUAUUGUUUUUCUCCUCUGGUCCACUCCCCAAUGCUGAGCUGGUUUCAAGUUCUCUGUCCCACCUCCAAAGCUAAAGACUGUUGAGAGUGCUUGCAAUGGGAAGCAGAGAUCAUUCUAGUGGAAUGCAGACCUUGCCUGUGAUCUGCCAUCCUACAGAAGCAUGUCUGUGUCUGGGGGAGAUAGGACAGUGAACUGCCUGGACUCAAAGCCACCUUCCAGAGAGGACCCCCCUGUACCUCUAUAGCCAAGCUAAAGUUUCACUGACUGUGCUCUGAGCAAUUCGCAGGCUAAGUUCCUUCUAACUCCUUCCAAUGGUGAUUGAGUGCUUUGACCACCUCCCUAGGAGGAUUGUGCAUUCUAGCUGAGAAUGAAUGUUUUGAAAUUAAGAUCCCUGGGACCUGUGGGUACUAAAGAAACGGACAGGAGAGUUCCCCGGACCUUAGUCUCAUCUCUGCUUUCUGGAAGACCAGAACUUGAAAAACAUGGGACUCUUAGGGUGAUACAUGUCAGAAAACAGGCUUAUGGAAGGCAGGGUAGAAGCCUGGAGAGGCAGGUGUGGUUAGAUUGUGGAGUGAUGCCUAAAGAAUGUGUCCAGAUUUCUCUCCAGAAUUUACUAGAAGGAAAAGGGUUCCAGACCACACCCUGUUCUUUCUCCUGAACAAUAGAUGUCAGACACUGUAGGUUAACCCUGUACACAGUUUACCCUGAUAUUUAUAAAGACAGUAUUCUAUGUCUACCUUGGUAUCCAGGAUGAGAUCAUGUGCAAUUCUACAGAUAAGUGUGCAGAGAGGCCUGUGCACUAAAUCUCAUGGAGAUAUGUAUCUCCUGGUGCACUGGACUGGAUGGGUUGUGGCUUUGGUCCCCAUCCAUUGCCCUAUGGAAGCUUGUUCUGAAAGACAUGAGCAGCCACACUGAACACCACCUGUCCCCUAAGUAUAAAGAAGGACCUGCUGUGCCGACCUACAUCGUGUGUGUCUUUUACUGUUGGGAGUAAAAGUGUGUUCAGAGCAGCUUUGGUUUGUAAAUAAACCUCACCAUUACAUUUUAAAA